GGAGGAGCCCGAGCAUCCCGGCGCCGGGGACAGCCGGAGAACGGGCGGCGAGGCUUCAUGGGCUGCUCACGCCACCAUGGUGCUCGCCCUCAACGGCAGCCACCUCUACGGUAACCUGCGGCCCCUGGUCCUGGAGGAGCCGCGGGCGCUGGGCGGCGGCAGGAUGAUCGCCGGCUCCUGGCCCCCGCGCAGCCUGGCCAAGCUCGGCCCGUCGCCCCCCCCGUCGGCGCUGCCCACGGCGAGCCCCCUCCCCGCCAACGACUCCCAGUGCGGGGAGCAGAUCCUCAGCUACGGCAGCGCGGAGAAAGUUCUCAUCGGGGCCGUGCUCUGCCUCAUCACCCUGCUGACCAUCGCCGGCAACUGCCUGGUGGUGAUCUCCGUCUGCUUCGUGAAGAAGCUGCGGCAGCCCUCCAACUAUCUCAUCGUCUCGCUGGCCCUGGCCGAUCUCUCGGUGGCCCUGGCCGUCAUGCCCUUCGUCAGCGUCACCGACCUUAUCGGCGGGGAGUGGAUCUUCGGGCGCCUCUUCUGCAACGUCUUCAUCGCCAUGGACGUCAUGUGCUGCACGGCCUCCAUCAUGACCCUCUGUGUGAUAAGUAUCGACAGGUACCUGGGAAUAACAAGACCUCUUACGUACCCUGUAAGGCAGAACGGGAAGUGUAUGGCCAAAAUGAUCCUGUGUGUCUGGCUUUUAUCUGCCUCUAUCACCAUCCCCCCGCUCUUCGGCUGGGCCCAGAACGUAAAUGACGAAAAGGUUUGUCUCAUCAGUCAAGACUUUGGCUACACCAUUUACUCCACAGCAGUUGCAUUUUAUAUUCCAAUGUCAGUGAUGCUUUUCAUGUACUAUCAGAUUUAUAAAGCUGCCAGGAGGAGUGCUGCUAAACACAAGUUUACUGGUUUUCCCCGUCUGGAAGAAAUGGAAGGGAUUUCUGUGAAUGGACUUGUAAAACUGCACAAGGAAUCUGAAGAAUGUACUAAUUUUUCACGACUCCUAAAGCACGACAAGAAAAACAUUUCCAUCUUUAAAAGAGAACAGAAAGCUGCCACCACCCUUGGGAUUAUUGUUGGGGCUUUCACAGUCUGCUGGCUGCCUUUUUUCCUCCUCUCAACUGCAAGGCCCUUCAUCUGUGGUACAGCGUGCAGCUGCAUCCCACUCUGGGUGGAGAGAACAUUUCUAUGGCUGGGCUAUGCAAACUCUCUCAUUAACCCUUUUAUAUAUGCCUUCUUCAACCGGGACUUGAGGACAACCUAUCGCAACCUGCUGCAGUGCAGAUACAGGAAUAUCAACCGCAAACUCUCGGCCGCAGGGAUGCACGAGGCUCUGAAGCUUGCAGAAAAGCCAGAAUUCGUUCUGUAAGGUCACUCAUCCUCUCCUGUGAUCAUUUGUUGUUUUAUCACAUUGGCAUUUUCCCCACAGGUUUGAAAGAAGUGUAGGAAGAACCAGUUGAGCACUGUUAAUGCAGUCAUCAGGAAACAAGAGCCCACCAGUCCUAAUCAGCCUGGAAAAGCAAGACCACCAUCUAAAGAAUUUGGGUGUAAGAGGAAUAUAAGCAAGGAUGGAAAUGGAAUGUAGUGCAGGAUAUUUGAGCUGUUAGUGAGGAAAAGGCAUAGUUGGUCUAAUCCGUUUGUUUGGCCCAAAAAAUGUUUAGUAGUUCUGAAUGUUGGAUGCCGCUUAUUGUCCCAGAGUUUCUUUGCUGUAAUAAAGACCUGAGAAUAGUGAAAAGUUAAUUU